CGAAUAUGGAGGAAAAUAUGUUUUAUUUAGAUAAAUAGACACACAAAUCUAAAUGGCAUUUAGUUCUAAUGACAUCAUUUGGAUUAAUUGCAUCUUCAUAUUGUUUAGUUUUACCUGCUUAGAUGUAAACUUAAAUUGGAGAAGCAUUUAAUAUUGAUGAUCCAAAAUAAUUCUUAACAUGGUUAACAUCAUUACACUUUUUAUUGAAUUCAUUUUUGCCUUUCUUUUCUGGUUUGAUAAGAGAUUUCUAUGGUGAUAGAAAAAGUAUUAUAUUUUAAAAUGGAUUAUGCACACUUGGUUAAAUUAUUGUUACUUUUGGUAUUUCAUCUGGAAGUCAAUUUGUAUUCAUUAUUGGAAGAAUAUUAUUGGGUUGGGGAAUAGAAUCACUUUUAAUAGUAUUAACAUCCUUUAUAUGCUCAUAUUAUAAAUACACAUAUUUAGUAAUUUUAAUUUUGUGUAUUUUUAGACAUUUGUUUUGGGUAUGUUUUAAUUUAUUUACACACUCGGAUUUGUACUUUGUAUUUGGUUUGCACCACAAAUAACAUCUGUAGGAGCUUCUAAUACUAUAGCAAUUUUAGCAACAGCUUUAGGAUUAUUGAUGUCAAUUGUAGCUAUUGAUAUUGAUACUGAUGCUUAAUCUUCUAUUCUAAAUAAAGGAGGUAAAUAUUUUAAAAAGAAUCAUGACAAAUAAAUAAGUUCUACAUUACAUUAACAUUAAUAAUAAAUUGAAGGAGAAGAAAUCUAAUUAGAUUAAUAACCUCAUUAAGAUGAUUAAAUGGAAAUUGAGUAAAUUUAAUCUGAAAUCUUACCCUAAACCUUUAUUGAAAAAUAUUUAGGAUUCUUUAAUAAACAUCAAUAUCCAUCUAUUUAUUGGUACUUAUUAUGGUUUUAUUCUUUUGCAUCCACUUCAGUAUUAGUACUAGUAGAUUAUGCUUAAGAAUUUUUAUAUGAUAAAUGGUUGAAUAAAAUCGAUAAUGGAGAAGUAUUAGCAUGGAAAUUAGUAACUCUGAUGUGGCUUUUUUCUGGAGUUAUAACACCAUUAUUAGGUUUUGUUAUAGAUAAAUAUGGAUAAAGAUCUUCACUAGUAAUUAUUCUUUAUCUACAUAUUAGACAAUCUUUUCAGGUUUAAUGGCUAUUUGGGCACAUAUUUUAGUACUUUUAUAAUCACCAUUUGAAGGACUAUUAUUAUUAGGAUUAUCAUUUGCAUUGUCUUAUACAACUGUUUGGAGUGGAGUUUUAUAUUUAACUCCACCAAAUACUCAUGGUAGAAGUCUUUCUUUGUUUGUUUGUCUCUAAAACUUUGGUAUCACUAUUACUCCAUUCAUUUGUAAAUUCUUUGAAUAGUACAAUAUAUUUAAUUUAAUUUAUAGAUUGACAUCAUCCACUAUUGUUACUGAAAUAUUUUUAUUAGUAUUAGCAAUCUUAGCCAUGCUCAUAUCAUUAAUGGUUUAUAGUGAAGAUAAGAAAUUUGUCAAUCUUAUUGAUAGAGGUCUUGAAGUUGUAAGUGAAGUUUUCACAGAGUAUAUUAUUUUUACUAAUUUAACAAAGACCCUCUUCCAAAUUAAGAAGUAAAGAGCAAAUUUGA